UUCUUGAUGCCAAUCUUAACGCUUCUAUAACAAUUCAUCUUGAAGGAUACAUCUGUUCCUCAGCGCAUAACUGUCUCAGACAUUCAUACCAGUAAAUGUUGCUUCAUAAAACCAACAUUACCAUUCUCCGAGCAACUUCACCUCAAUCACAACCAAACUUCACCAUUCUCCGAAGAAACUUUUGUCUCUGGUCAAUGAAAAAGGACCCAGACCUAGAAUCAGCACUCUCACGAAACCGACGAUGGGUAGUAAACAACCAAAUCAAAAACAUAAUCCUCCGUUACCCUAACAACGAAAUCCCAAUCGAAACUCUUCAGAAGAAAUUCAAAACCCUAGAUCUUCAAGGUAAAGCCCUCAAUUGGAUUUCCAAAUACCCCUCUUGUUUCGAACUUCACCAGAAUCGCAUUCGUCUCACUAAACGUAUGAUGAAUCUCGUUCAUCAAGAACAAACCAUCAAAGAUUCGCUUGAUCCUGUUUUCGCUCAGCGUCUUGCGAAACUUCUCAUGCUUUCGUUUAAUAAUACCCUCAAUGUUAUCAAGAUCAAUGAAAUCAAAAACAGUUUAGGGUUUCCGGAUGAUUAUUUGAUUCGAAUCGUGCCGAGAUAUCCUGAUUUGUUUCGGAUUGUUAAUGAGAGUGGAAGGAGAAGCUCUAUGGCGAUUGAGCUGAUUCAUUGGAACCCUAAUUUUGCAGUUUCGGAAGUUGAAGCUUCCGCUUUGAGAAAAGGCUUGGAGCCGAAUUUUUCGUGCUGUUUGCCUUCUAGUUGGGUGAAAUCGUUGGAGAAAUUUCACGAAUUUGAAUCGGUUCCUUAUGUUUCGCCGUAUUCGGAUCCGAGAGUUUUGGUGGAAGGGUCGAAGGAGAUGGAGAAGAGGAAUGUGGGUUUGGUUCAUGAGUUGUUGUCAUUGACUCUUUGGAAGAAGGUUUCAAUUAUGAAAUUGGGUCAUUUCAAAAGAGAGUUUUUUUUGCCUGAUAAGUUGAAUGUGUUGUUGCUUAAGCAUCCUGGGAUUUUCUAUGUUUCUAAUAAGUAUAGGAUUUAUACUGUUUUACUUAGAGAAGGGUAUGUUGGGUCUCAGUUACUUGAUAAGGAUCCUCUUGUGGUUGUUAAGGAGAAAUUUGGGGAAAUUAUGCAGGAAGGACUUCAUGAGUAUAACCAAAGGCGGCGUCUGGUUAAUAUCGAAAAGAAGAGAAACAAAGGUGUUCCUUUGAGUAGGGUGGAUGAGGAUGAAAUGAAGGGUAGAAGAAGGAGAAGAAGAAGCCGUGAAGUUUCUGAUGAUGAUGAUGAUGUUGUUGUUGAUGGAGUAAAUGGUAAUAAGUUGGGAGGGUUGCUUGACCCUGAAGAGAGAAAACGGUUUUAUAAAGUUCUUUUUGAUGAUGAUGGAUCAUGAGAUAAGAUUUGCUUAGGCUAGGUGUGGAAUAGGAUAUAGAUCAGUGUUUCAAAAACCAAAUUGAACCGGAUGGUUUAAGUUUAAUCGGCUGAAUUGUGAAUCAAUAUUGUCUAUGGCUCGGCUAUACGGGAAGUUCGACCACCGAUGAUUUGUUUAUUUGAGCGGUUUGGCCGCAGUUUAAAGAAGUUGAACUACUAUCGAGCGAGUAGGCUUGUCCUCAAUGGCCUGUAUCAUAUUCUGUUGCUACUUUGUUAUCUGUUGGAGGUUUAGUGAUCUCGGGGCAGAUUAGUUGUAGCCGGAGUUAAGGUAUUGCAGUUUUCCUAUGUUAGGUUUUAGGCCAGGAUAUAUUUAUGAGGCGGAUGCCAUUUUGUUUGUCUCUGCCUAGAAAAGACAGGGUAGUAGUAGUGAUAUGGAUGUAUGUAAAUAAUGUCCAAGGUAAGGAACAUAAUGAAAAGAGCAAUUCUUAA